CUGAUAACUUUGGCCAUUUGAGUGGUCUGAUACAUUUUGCAUUUGUUUCGUUGUGUGUGACAGAUGGAUCAAAGUCUCAAGUUGCACGUCAGAGUCUAAACUACAUCCAGGAAAUUGGAAAUGGUUGGUUUGGAAAGGUUCUGCUUGGAGAGAUCUACACAGGCACCAGUGUAGCAAGGGUAAUCGUGAAGGAGUUGAAGGCAAGUGCAGGUCCCAAGGAGCAAGAACAGUUUUUAAGAAGUGGAGAACCAUAUUACGUUCUUCAGCAUCCAAAUGUUCUCCAGUGUAUUGGGCAGUGUGUGGAAGCCAUUCCUUAUCUUCUAGUUUUUGAGUUCUGUGACUUGGGUGACCUGAAAACUUAUAUCUGCAAUGAGCAGGAACACAUUAAAGGAGAUUCACAGAUAAUGAUGCUGCAGAGAAUGGCGUGUGAGAUUGCUGCUGGACUUGCUGUAAUGCAUAAACAUAAUUUUGUGCAUAGUGACUUGGCCUUGAGGAAUUGCUUUCUUACAUCUGAUUUAAAUGUCAAAAUAGGAGAUUAUGGUAUAGGAUUCAGUAGAUACAAGGAAGAUUAUAUUGAGACAGAUGAGAAGAAACUUAUAUCUCUACGAUGGACUGCACCUGAGUUAGUAACAAGUUUUCAAGACAGACUGUUAUCAGCAGAGCAGAAUAAAUACAGUAACAUAUGGUCCCUGGGUGUCACACUGUGGGAGCUGUUCGAGAAUGCUGCUCAGCCAUAUUCAGAAUUUUCUGACAGGGAAGUCCUAACCCAUGUCAUAAGGGAGAAGCAGAUUAAACUCUUCAAGCCACGUCUGGAGCAGCCAUACUCUGAUAGAUGGUAUGAAGUUCUGCAGUUCUGUUGGCUACCUCCAGAAAAGAGACCAACAGCAGAAGAAGUGCAUAGACUUUUAACUUACCUUCGCAUGCAAAGCCAAAGGGACUCGGAGAUUGAUUUUGAACAGCAGUGGAAUGCUCUUAAACCAAACACCUCAAAUAGAGAAACAAAUAAUUCUGCAUUUCCAAUUUUGGAUCACUUCACAGGAGACAGACUUGGCCAUGAGAUGGAGGAAGUUCUUACUGUAACUGAAACAAGCCAGGGUCUCAGCUUUGAAUAUAUCUGGGAAGCAGCUAAACAUGAUCAUUUUGAUGAAUGUGGUCAUGUGAAUCCUGAUGAAGCAAUGACAUACACGAGUAUUUUCUUUCCAGUGGAGGUUUUUGAGAGGUCACUUUCAGAGCAAGGGUCAGGAGCACAGGAUGGAAGUGGUCAGGAAGCAUCACUUGCUGUCCCUGGGGUGUUACCGGUGUUUGAUGCACACAAGCUUUCUGUUGGAAAUGACUACUAUAUCCAGUUGGAGGAAAAAGGAAGUGGCUGCACCAUGAAUUUUGAUAACCAGUCGGUUGUACUAACUACAGAAGUUGAUCAUCAAGAAGCUGCACAAGAAAAAAGUUCUCAUUUCACGGUUCUCAGGGAUCUUGAUGUUGAAGAAUCUAGCACUGAUGGGGACUUCUUCCACUACAAUACUGAUCCGAAAGAGGAAUUUUCGCCUGCUACUGGUAGUCCAGAAAGUCCUUUCCAGAGUAUCUUUAAUGACAUUGACAGAUCAGAAGACCUGACAAACAGAAAAGUACUUUGUUUUGCUGAAACAAAUGAUGUUUCUAAAGACUUGAAACCAACUGUUUUACACUCAAACACAGAUGCUAGAAAGGCAGUAGGCCUUUCUGAGAAGGAGCAUUCUGGUCAUGCUUCUGAAAACCAAACACUUUCCUUAUGUGAAAAUAUUUCUAACCAAUCUGACUUAGAAACUUUAGAAGAACUUUCUGAUAACUUCUUAUUUCUUCAAGAGAAAAACUUAUUAGCAGGGUUAUUGACUAAAAAAGCCAGCAGUGAUUUGGGGCAAAACCCAGAAGAUGUUCUAAAAAGUUUAUUAGAAACCUCCAAGAGAAACUCUGUAGAGCCUGAGCCUGUCUUGGCUGAAAAUGCACAGGUCUUUUCUUUAAUCCAUGAAAGUCUUAAAACAGUGAAAGAUGAAAAUUUUAACCCAGUGACAAUGAAUAAAGAUCCAAAUUCUCAGUCUCAGACUACUGUAGAGAUGCAGGCACCCUCUAGUCCAUCUGCAGCAUCUAAGUCCUGUGAUGAAUGGGCAACUCUUCCUUAUUUGAAGAAUGAGGGAAAACUUUCAAAUGUGGAAGUCAGUGAAGUUGUGUCCUAUAACACUGAUAUGCUCUGUCAAGAAGAGCUAUCCAAUAAUGCCAAAAAUAAUAAUGUUGGAAAAAAUCCUUGUUACAGUAUUGCUGCUGAAACAGAUGAGCGCGAUGCACAAAUAAAACAGAGCAUGCUUUUCAAGUCUGAUGAAAUAGCUUUUAGUAGAGAGAAAUGUAGUGACCAGGAAGAUUCAAAAAGAAACUUGCAAGAUAAGACUCCCAUAUUAAAAAAAGAUAAAUGUUUAUUGGAGGAAAACCAUGAAGUGUCAAAUCAUUUUGAGAACUGUAAGGAUGUUCCAGAAGAGGUGACCUUAAUUUCUGUUGCUGCUUCAGAUUGUGCAAGCCAGGAUAGUCUUUUAGAAGACAGCCCGUCUCCUAUACAAACUGCAAAACAAGCCUUAGAGACACCUGAUUCUUUGGACUCUUUAGAUGUAAAUGAGGUUUUAGAAUCUUUACAGGCUCAAAGUCCUCAGAAACUUUUGCCACCCGAUAAACCUGCUGACAGUGGCUAUGAAACGGAGAACCUGGAAUCUCCAGAAUGGACUUCCCAUGUCACUGUUGAGGAUGCUUCUGGUGUAGAUACUGCACUCUGUGUUGUCAGCGAGAGCAGUGUCAGUGCUUUACCUCCUAAUCCAGUCAUCAUUGUUUCAGAAGCAGCAGCUUGUUUAGAUGCAGUGAACAGCAGUUUUGAAGUAACCCCAAAGGUUUUUCUGGGUGGAAAUCAAAGCUCCUAUAGAGACUCUGCCUAUUUCUCUGAUAAUGAUUCUGAGCCAGAUAAAAAAUCAGAAGAGACUGUAAAUCUGUCAAGAGAGACUGCAUGUGUUGUUUCUUCAAACAGAGGAGAGAAUAAUGCUGAAGAGGAUUACACUUUAGAAGAGAAACAGCAAAAGUGUGAUGUAAAGAAUUACCAGGAUACCAAUAAUGAAAAUGCAGAACUAGAGCUGAAUCACAACUUAGAGAUGGAAGAGAUGGAUGUGAGGAUGCAGGGGUGUCCUGAUGAGUGGUCUGAGGCAACUCUGAAUUCCCUGGAAAUAUUGCUAGGAAAUAGCCUAAGGGAUGAAAUAAGAUUAUCUGAGGCUUCCCAUAAAACUGUCUCUUGUGUUGGCACUAAUACUGCAGAACUUCUUUCACACAGAGACUUAAAGUCUGUGCAUAACUUACACGGUCCUUUAGAUCUGAGUAACAGUGAGAAGUCCUUCUAUCACAUUGAAGGACAAAAACUGAAAGAGCCAGAUAUUGAAGGAAAAUAUCUCGGCAAACUCGAUGUUUCUGGAAUGCUUGAUUUAGAAGAUGGUGAUGAUGCAGAUGAGGAAGAUGAAAACAGUGAUUCUGAGGAUGACAUGAGGACUUUUCAUAUGCAUAGUCUGAGUUCUGAGAGUGAAGAUGAAACUGUUCACCAAGUACCUGAGAUACUUACUGAGAAGGAUGAUGGGAAACAUCUGAGAAGCUUGUUGAAACUUCCAAAACCUCUUAAUGAAAGGCAACAUGAGCAUUGGAAAAAUGAGAAAAAGGCCGUAAAGUUCUUUGAUGAUGUGACAGUCUAUUUGUUUGAUCAGGAAACGCCAACUAAGGAGCUGGGAAACCGAGCAGCAGACUUGAGCGGCGAAGGCUCUCACAGCACUCCCGUCCCAUCUUCCAGUUUUAGUUACUUAAACAGAUUUGCAAAUUCAGAAAGCUCCACAGAUGAAGAAGGUGGAGGUUUUGAAUGGGAUGAUGACUUCUCUUCUCCGGAGCCAUCCUUUAUAUCAAAGGCAGCUAAUAGUCUUAUUAGUUCUAAACCACCUCUUCAGUCAUCAAAGUACUUCUCUCCACCUCCACCUUCCCGGACUCUUGAUCAGAACUGGUCACAUUCGUCCCCUUACUCCAGAUUCUCUAUCUCUCCUGCAAAUAUGGCAAGCUUCUCUCUUACGCAUCUUACAGAUUCAGAUAUAGAGCAAGGAGGAAGCAGUGAAGAUGGAGAAAAAGAUUAAAUGAAUUAAAACUUGCUCAGACUACGUGCAUAAAACACACAGACUUUGUGGAACUUCUUUAUCUGAACUCUGGAUCUUCCUGGAGUGACACAGGUAAUCAAAGAAGUACCACGAAAUGAAAGUAAACACUGAAAGCAAUGUUAAAUCAGGACAUUAAUUUGAAUGUGUAUUUAACUUUGUAAUGUAUUUUUAAAUCAGUGCAAUUUUGCGUUUCAUUGAAAGACUAUUCUGCCGCUGUUUUCAAGUACUUGAAGUAUUUUUCAGAUAACUUAAGAAACAAGUAAAGCAAUUACACUACAGUCUGGUUUAUGUAUGAGAUUGUAUAAUAUUCUUUUUAUAUUUUUCCAUGUAGUUCAAUACCUAUUUGAACAUACACCUGUUGUAGAAUUGUGUAUAACUGUCCUGUGCAACAGGUGGCUGUGUUGCUGAAACUGUAUGAAUGAUAGUUGAUCAGUAGUGAGCCAUAUUUAUU